ACACAGAGCUGGAGCGUUGGAGAGAUAUGGCUGCGGACCUGUUGAUAUCACAGCAAUGACUUAUGCACUUCCAGAGUGGAUUACACAGUGGAUUCUAACACUUGGAGUUGAUGACACAUUUAUUCCUUGAAGAUCAGGAUUUUGUCUGGUGCCUAAAUGUUGUCACUGGGCAAAAUGCACUCCAGAGCCAAGUCCCGGAGUUGUGACAACUACCUGAGUAUUAAGGACGCUGAGUCUUUGGACAACUGCAUCCAGAGCACCUUGUCGGCCCUGUACCGCCCCUUCAGUGCCACUGCUGCCACCGUCCUGUGGCAGCUUUUCAGUGUGGUGGAGAGGCAGUACCGCGGAGACGGCCUUCGCUGCCUUAUUGACUUCCUGCUUCCUGCCAAGAGGAUCCUGCAAAUCAUCCAACAAGAAACCUGUGUAAAGUUCAGAGGUUUGCUGCUCUAUCAUGAAGGGUGGCCUCUCUGCAUCCACGAGAAAGUUGUCCUUCAGCUCGCUCCUUUACACAAAGUGCGACUAAAGCAAGGAGACUUCUACUUGCAAGUAGUUCCUUUAGGCCGCAAGACUGCCAAGCUUGUGAUAAAAUGCCUGUCGGGGAGCGGGCAGGCCAUUGCAGAAAUCCCCAUCGCAGAGAGCAUGUAUGGCAGCGUCUUCACAGCUGAGUUCUUGCAGAAUGUAACACGUGACCGAAACCUGCAUCCAUUACAGAACUGUCUGCUCACGACUGGUACGGCUGUGUACAGGACGCCGUGGAAGAACGUGGUCAACCCUCUGUUUGUCAGCAGCACGGCAGACGCCAUCAUGCAAGCACGCUGCAGCAGAGGUGGCUUCCGCGGCCAUCUCAGCACAUGCAGCACCAGUGGAUCUACUGGUACCCUUGACAGCCACCGCAGCUCCAGAGAGUCACUGCACUCUCAGGGAGCUGACUCCAUCUUCUCUGAGCCCACCUCACCAAACAGAAACCACAGGAACCCCAGCAGUGACAGCCAUAGCACCAGUACAGCAGACACUACUACACCCAUCAUUAAAAUUGAAAGACCCGUUGAAGAGUGUGGGGUAGAACAGGGAAGUGAGGACAGUGGUGGGAGAGAAAGAGGAUCCAAGAUGCUCUCUUUUAGUACAGACCUCAGUAACCCAAGCCCUCGCCGACGUCUCCCAAGGGACUCUGUGGCCUUUGAGAGCAGGAGACUUUUCAGGAAAUCCUACAUGGAGGCCCUGCAGAACCCCAUGAGUCUUGGGUCCAGCUCUGAGUCCAUCCUGGAGGAAAGUCCAGAGCACAGUGCUGGCCUGAGAGAGAGUACAGUGACACCAGGCAGCAGUCCCGACACCCGGACCUCCUCCAGAGAACACUUAGCUCGCAGGUUUGGCAGCCGGGGCUGGCUCAGUGGUGAUGACUCCAGGCCCAGCACACCUUUGCUCUACCUUCAGAGAGGGUUGCGGAGCGCGGAGAGACGGGCAGAACGACGUUCCAAAUCACUGGAGAGGACUAACAAGGCAGGCCAGGUUAAAGGCCACCGGGAACGUUCCUCUUCUGGAGGCUCAGCUAGUAUCUCCCCCAAAAAACUGAUGAAUGGCUAUACACUUCGCUUUGGAAAGCUGGAUUUGGAGGCAGCUUUUCCUGGUUCAGAGAGGAGAAGCAGUAAAGACGAGUCAGGUCAACAUGAUGACAGCAUCGGCAGUGAGAACAGGCGGCACAGAUACGGGGGAGAAGACUCACACAGUCCUAAAGCUGCCAAUGGUGCAGCUAUCAGGCUGUCCACAACAUCAAGCUCUUCCCAUUACACCUCAUCCCUCCCCAAACUGAUGUCAGAGGUCAAUCAAGAGCUGCUUACAUCAGGGGCUGUGAUCUUGCCAGGAAACAGAGAUCGCAGUGGGAGAUCAGUGUUGCAGGUGUGCACGAGAGCUCAGGUGUGGGCAGGUGAGAGUUGCACGGUCAAUGAUCUCACCUGUUUACUGAGCUACUACCGCUCAACACUGCGGAAAGAAAGGCUUGAUCAAGGUCUAACUGUUGUAAUAGACAACAGGAGGCAGCAGCCUGUUCCAGCUCUGUUGUCAUCUCUGUCUGAAUUGCAGGCAUUAGUACCAAAUGCACUUUACUCCGUUCUCUUCCUGGUGGACAAAGAGGCAGCAGCCAAGCCUGAGAGAGACCUCAAUGUACAAACUGAGACGCUGUCAUCUCUGAAGGCCCUGCUGAAACACAUCGACCAAACCCAGCUCACACGAGACCUGGAGGGCACCUUCCAUUACAACCACAAGCACUGGAUCCACUUCAGACAGAAAAUCGAACCAUUUGCCAACAGUUGUAGCGCAGCCAUCUCCUCCCUUCAGGAGUCUAUCAGCACACUGAGCAACAGCGGCAACCUGAAGACCUCUAAGGAGGUGUCUGAGAUGAUGGAGCAGCAGAAGCAUCUCAUGAAGUGUGUACUAGAUGACACCCGUCUGAACAGACUGCGUCUAGAGGGAGGCACGGUCCUUGCUCGCAUCAGGAAGGAAGAGGCCUGUGAGAAUGAGAACUACAGGGAUGCUGUCGACAUGUUGAAUGCACUGUAUAACCAAGUAGAUGAAGAGGUCCAUAAGCUUGUGAUCCUAUCCAAUAAGUCUCAAAAACAGUUGGAGAGCCUGCUGGAGGUGCGAAGGUUUGAGGAGCAAACACAACAGAUCAAACUGUGGUUCAGUGUUGAGGGGGAGAAGCAUCUUGCUCCUCUGGAAUCGCUUACGUUGUCCGCAGCCAAGAUAAAGGAGAUGAGAAAGAGCUUGGACCAGUUCCUGGAGGAGUCAGUGCACCAGCAGAGGCAUGGCCUGCAGCUAGUGAAAGAGUCUCCAGAGUCUCUUCCAGGAUCUGUUUUCCUCGACUUUAAGCAGCAUCUGGGCUCCACCCUAAGCAGAGUGGAGCAGAGGAAGACUCAGCUAGAAAUCCUAACCAACCUGUAUGAGUUUUAUGAUUCUGCAAAUCAGUGGAUGGAGCACUGCCAGGACUUCUUCUGUCAGCUGAGCCUGGACAGUUCAGGUGCUGGAUUUUCACCUGCUGUGGUGCAGAUCCUGCAGGAUUACUGCUCCGAGGCAUCCAAGUUUUCCAUGGACAACUUCAGUACUCUGAAUGACAUGGUGCUCUCCCUGGAGACACCUCAGCAGCUGCAGCAAUGGAACAGUGUGUGGCACAAAUGUCAGCAGACCAAGCAGCAGCUGGAAGAGACUUUGGCCACAGCCAUGACAGCGACCUCAAACUCCACAGCUGUUGAGACAGCAGCUUGUUUAAAAACUGUGGAAAGCCAGAUUGCUACACCAGAACAGCAUGCAGCUAAUGGAUGUGUGCUCUUACCUGAAGUUCCUGCAUACUCCAGCAAGGCCGUUACACCGCUGACUUUUGAGGACACUAAGCCUCAUUCUGCUGGACCUUUCUCUAAGAGCCCCUCCAAUUCAAUCUCUUCCUCCUCACACUUUCCUUUCCCCCCCGAUAGCAAACUGAGGCAGAGCCCAUCCAUGUUUGAGGACACAGACAGCGACUGCACCAUAGACUCCACCAUCUCCUGCCACUCUGAGCCUACCUACUCUGGCGCAGCCCGCCUCCGCAAGCAGCCGAUGAAGAAGAUCAUGAAGAAGACCAUGAGCUACGAGUUGACCCCAAGGGACAGUGUCCACUCAGAUGCCAGCCACAUUCAUGGCUAUACAGGCGUGUACAUCAAGGGUCUGGAGGUGGCCAAUAAUGUGUCUGCAGAGAAGAAGCUGCAGAGACCUGAUUUGACGAGCCCUGCAUUAGGACGCAGCCGCAGCAUGUCAACACCCUCCAGGGUCCAUAACAGACACAGUGAAGGAGAUGGCAAGAAACGGAGCAGUAAAACGCAGCACAUUAUGGAUGAGAUGAUUUCCACAGAGAGGGAGUACGUUCGCUCUCUCAGCUACAUCAUUGAGCACUAUUUCCCUGAGAUGGAGCGCCUGGACUUGCCACAGGAUCUGCGGGGGAAGCGCGGUAUAAUUUUUGGCAACGUGGAGAAAUUGCGGGACUUCCACAGCCAGUACUUCCUGAAAGAAUUGGAGUCGUGCGCCCACUGCCCUUUGUCCAUCAGUAGCUGUUUUCUCAGACAUGAGGAUCAGUUUGGAAUGUAUGCUCUGUACAGCAAGAAUAAGCCGCAGUCCGACGCUCUGCUCAGCAGCCAUGGGAACGAAUUCUUUAAGAACAAACAGUUGGAGCUCGGGGACAAGAUGGACCUGGCGUCUUACUUGCUGAAGCCAAUCCAGAGGAUGAGUAAAUAUGCCCUGCUGCUGAAAGACUUGAUCAAGGAGUGCAGCCAUUCCCAGGAGCAGGAACUGAGUGACCUGCGGACAGCUGAGGAGAUGGUCAAGUUUCAGCUUCGCCAUGGCAACGACCUGCUGGCGAUGGAUGCCAUUCGGUGCUGUGAUGUUAACCUAAAAGAGCAGAGUCAACUCCACUGCCAGGAUGAGUUCAUAGUCUGGUGCGGACGGAGGAAAUACCUCCGCCACGUCUUCUUGUUUGAAGACCUCAUCCUCUUCAGCAAGACCAAAAAGAUCGAAGGAGGAUAUGACAUAUACAUCUACAAACAAUCCUUUAAAACAGCAGAGAUAGGUAUGACUGAAAAUGUUGGCGAUAGCGGGCUGCGCUUUGAGAUCUGGUUCCGUCGGAGGAAGUCACAGGACACGUUUAUCCUCCAAGCCAGCUCCCCAGAGGUCAAGGCUGUGUGGACCGCCAUCAUAGGCAAGAUCCUAUGGAGGCAGGCACUCAGAAACAGAGAGUUGCGCAUGCAGGAGAUGGUGUCCAUGGGCAUUGGAAGUAAACCUUUCAUGGACAUUAAGCCUAGUGAUGCAGCCAUCAGUGACAGAGCCAUUGACUAUAUAAUGAAGGGGUCAGAGUCUAGGACGAGAGCAUCCAUCGCAGUGCCCUCAUUUGAGCACGUUACCUCAAUCAAGAGACCCCACUCCACCAUCUCUAACAGCAGCACCUCCUCCUCCAGCAGCCAGUCAUCCUCCUCCCUGCUGGGAUCACUUAAUCUCCACCUGUACUCCUCACCCUCUCACCCACUCACACAUCCGUACCCGAUGGCCAGUGUUCCCUCCUUUGGCCAGUGGCCCUACGACUGCAUAGAAGAAGAUGAGCUGGAGCAGGACACUUGCAGCCAGCCCUCUAUGAUAACUGAGAGCUCAGAGACAUCCUCCCAGUGCACCUCCAGUGACAGUGUAACAGGCCUUAGUACCCCCACCAUACCCCGGCACACCGACAUCAUCAUUGACUCCUACAACAACAACAAUGAGCACUCCUCCUUCCUAUGCUCCUCCACACCUCCCUCCUCCAUGGCGUCUGCUUCGAUAUUCCAGAAAGAUGAAGAGCUCCAACCCCAAGGCACCAAGUUCAUCACAGCACUGUGAAGUCCUCAACCUGAAUGCUACUUGAUGCCACAGCAGUAAAGAGAUGAGAACAAGAGUCCAGCUUUGGAGCACUAAGAUUUUAAUGGAUGAAGCUCAGCCAUGAUGUGAUGUUUCAUUAUGAUCCUGUAAAUUGGAAAUGGACAUAUAGUGCACACUGUCGCGAUGGUACGCCUGUGGUCUGUAAAGUUUGUUUUAAUGAACUAGGUAUGAAUCAGUGUUUAUAUUGUAGAUGAGUUUUUUUAUUAUGUAUUUUACAAAACAAAAAAUAGCAGGCAGAUCAAUUCAGACAAUGUUGUGCUGUCAUAUUUCUUUUGUCUCCACUCUGUGUUACAACACAUUUGUACAGAUGAUUAAAAUGUUUCAAAGAUGUUGUUGCAUUCAUUUAUUUGUCACAGUUAUGUUUGACACAACAUUAAGUGUUUCCAUCAGUGGCCAUCUUUCUGAAUGUGAAACCAGCUGAAUGUGUGAAUGCAGCUGAAAAAAAAAAUUGCAGGUAUUUCCACUGAUAAAAAAGCACAAGUGUAAAACCACACACAGAAGCCCUUGCAUGUACACAGAGUGAGCAGCACUGUGACACUCACUACUACCGUUAAACACAGAGAUGCAGAGGAGGGAGAGUGCGACAUUGUUUACCACAAGUCUUGAGUCAAACAGAUACAGACCACAACCCGGGCUUUUCAGCACGGGUGUCUCCAAUAUAGGCAAUCGAAUAAGAACAGAAAGCCACACUUGAGGUACAAAAGAAACUUGUGCUAAUACAACCCAUUUGUCUUCUACAUGCAAACAGUUUUUUACUGAAUACAAAUCUCAAACUGCUA